UCAAUACAAAUUGGGCGGCUUCUUCUCCUUCGUCUCGUUCGUCUACAGCUAAUCUCAGGCCGGCGGCCGGCGCCGCCUCCUCCGCAGCUCGCCGUGGCAGCGCCUUCGGAUCCCUCCCGUUCUUGAGGGUUUAUGGACGGAUUGCUAGGGUUUGGGGGCGAGCAGCAGCGGAUGUUGGUGAUUAAUCGCUACUUAAGAUGCUUUCGAGGUCCAGCGAUGACGACGAGGAUUUUGGCAAGCAGGAUGGCGAUGCCUCCCAUAAAGUGGGUUUGACUGGGAAGAUGGACCGGAGGAGCACUGAUCCAAACACACCACGUUCUAAGCAUUCUGCCACAGAGCAGCGGCGGAGAAGCAAGAUAAAUGACAGAUUUCAGAAACUUAGAGAAUUGAUACCCUGCAGUGAUCAAAAGAGAGACAAAGCAUCAUUUCUUUUUGAGGUUAUUGAAUAUAUUAGGUUUUUACAAGAUAAGGUACAAAAGUACGAGGCAUCAUGCCCCGAAUGGAAUCAGGAAAAUGCAUGGGAGAAGGUCUAUUUUAGAUCAAUCUGGAAAAAUGCACAGCAAAACAAUAGUCAGGGUGCUGUAGAUGAUAUCACUGAUCCUGCUCAAGUGCUUAAAAAUGGUUCAGCAGCAUCUCCUGGAUUUGUGUUAUCUGGAAGGUUUGACGACAGCAAUAUUCCAGUUGUGCCAGCGAUGGUUUCUAAUACUCACACUCACAAUCCUUCAGACUCAGACAACAUUGCUGCUGAUGUUUCUUUUAAACAAAUGGAAAAUCCUCAUGUUGCUGGCUUGGCUGUGCCUUUGCAGCCAAACAUGUAUGCUGCAGUUGGAAAUGAGACUCUGGUUUCCCAAACACAGCAGAGGCUCAUUCCAGAUGGAGAUGAUUUUGCAUCGCAGUCUCACUCUCAACUUGAUUGUGCUGUCAGCAGCGACUUGUUGAAUGAACAAGAAGAGCUUACAAUUGAUGAGGGUACAAUUGCUGUAUCAGGUGUCUAUUCUCGAGGGGUAUUGUCAUCAUUAACCCAAUCACUUCAGAGCUCUGGGGUGGAUGUAACCCAAACCAGCAUCUCUGUGCAUAUCAACCUGGGCAAGCGACUACUUACUAUGAGACCUUCCAUGGCCCCUACUGUGAUUAGUACCAAGGAUCACGAUGACCCUUCAACGGAUCAUAGAGCGAUCGGUCACUCAAUGGCGGGGUUUAGCGGUGAGGAAUCGGUAAGAAUGAAUAAGAAGCCGAGACUUGAUAACCGCUAACAUUGUGCAGUCAUCAUCCAAUGAUCUACAAUUUUUUUUUUUUCUUUUCUCCACCAACCUCUGAUGAGACCAAAGGUACAUUCUGCUCCACACAAAUGACUUGAACUGGAGAUAUAAUUACAAGGGAAUUUCCUUCAAUUGUGUUUCCUUUCAGCUUUUGGAUAGAUGAGCUUUUUCCCAUUACAAAUCUGAAAAGCUGCUUUUGCUUUUGAGCCUCCUUCACAGACACAAGAUGAACCUUUUUUACUUUUAUUGUUUUAUGAGGUACACUGGGUGUUCACUAACAAAAACUUCUACUUCUUGUGUGUAGUGUUGUUAUUACAUUAUCAGGUUGAUAAUGUCAUUGUUCAAAGCUUAUUUGUUCUA